CAGAGAUAAUGUGGUUUUAUAGCUUAUUAUGUCUUUUUUUUUUUUUUUGUAGUUAAUAUUUGCCAAUGGACUCCAAAGAAUCCUUAGCUCCCCCUGGUAGAGACGAAGUCCCCAGCAGUUUGCUUGGCCGGGGGAGGGGAAGCGUGAUGGACUUUUAUAAAAGCCUGAGGGGAGGAGCUACAGUCAAGGUUUCUACGUCUUCACCCUCAGUGGCUGCUGCUUCUCAGGCGGACUCCAAGCAGCAAAGGAUUCUUGAUUUUUCAAAAGGCUCAACAAGCAAUGAGCAGCAGCAGCAGCCACAGCAGCCAGAUUUAUCCAAAGCCGUUUCACUGUCCAUGGGACUGUACAUGGGAGAGACAGAAACAAAAGUGAUGGGGAAUGACUUGGGCUACCCACAGCAGGGCCAGCUUGGCCUUUCCUCUGGGGAAACAGAUUUUCGGCUUCUGGAAGAAAGCAUUGCAAACCUUAAUAGGUCGACCAGCCUUCCAGAGAACCCCAAGAGUUCAACGUCUGCAGCUGGGUGUGCUACCCUGACAGAGAAGGAGUUUCCCCAAACUCACUCUGAUCCAUCUUCAGAACAGCAAAAUCGAAAAAGCCAGACCAGCACCAACGGUGGUAGUGUGAAGUUGUAUACCACAGACCAAAGCACCUUUGACAUCUUGCAGGAUUUGGAGUUUUCUGCUGGGUCCCCAGGUAAAGAGACAAAUGAGAGUCCUUGGAGAUCAGACCUGUUGAUAGAUGAAAACUUGCUUUCUCCUUUGACAGGAGAAGAUGAUCCAUUCCUUCUGGAAGGGGACGCGAAUGAGGAUUGUAAGCCUCUUAUUUUACCGGACACUAAACCUAAAAUUAAGGAUACUGGAGAUACAAUCUUAUCAAGCCCCAGCAGUGUGACACUGCCCCAAGUGAAAACAGAAAAAGAUGAUUUCAUUGAACUUUGCACCCCCGGGGUAAUUAAGCAAGAGAAACUGGGCCCAGUUUAUUGUCAGGCAAGCUUUUCUGGGACAAAUAUAAUUGGUAAUAAAAUGUCUGCCAUUUCUGUUCAUGGUGUGAGUACCUCUGGAGGACAGAUGUACCACUAUGACAUGAAUACAGCAUCCCUUUCUCAGCAGCAGGAUCAGAAGCCUGUUUUUAAUGUCAUUCCACCAAUUCCUGUUGGUUCUGAAAACUGGAAUAGGUGCCAAGGAUCUGGAGAGGACAACCUGACUUCCUUGGGGACUAUGAACUUCCCAGGCCGCUCAGUGUUUUCUAAUGGAUAUUCAAGCAUGGUUGAUGUUCCUAAGGAGGGUCUGAAGAGCCAAGAGUUAUUUGAUGAGAUUCGAAUGACUUAUAUCAAAGAGCUAGGAAAAGCCAUUGUCAAAAGGGAAGGAAACUCCAGUCAAAACUGGCAGCGGUUUUAUCAACUGACAAAACUUUUGGACUCCAUGCAUGAUGUGGUUGAAAAUCUCCUUACCUACUGCUUCCAAACAUUUUUGGAUAAGUCCAUGAGUAUUGAAUUCCCAGAGAUGUUAGCUGAGAUCAUCACUAAUCAGAUACCAAAAUAUACAAAUGGAAAUAUCAAAAAGCUUCUGUUUCAUCAAAAAUGACUGCCUUACUAAGAAAGGUUGCCUUAAAGAAAGUUGAAUUUAUAGCUUUUACUGUACAAACUUAUCAAUUUGUCUUGUAGACGUUUUGUUGUUCUUUGUUUCCGUCUUGUUCUGUUUUAAAUACGCACUACAUGUGGUUUAUAGAGGGCCAAGAGUUAGCAACAGAAGCAGCAGAGUCAUCACUUUUAAGUGAUAGGAAAGCAGACAAUGAAGUGUAUUGGUUGAUGUAUCACAGAAACUAGAACAGUUACGCAGAGGCUUGUCCACUAUCAGAGAAGGACCGCACCUAAACCACCAGUGCCCAAAGUCCAUGUGAUCAACUUUCUGCUCAUACUUUCAGUUGGCUGAAUAAAAUUUAAUAGACUUCCUGUUGGUGUAUUUUUCCCAUGUAUAGUUAGGGUAGCAUUUUGAUUUAUGCAUGGAAACCUGAAAAACAUUUACAAGUGUAUAUCAGAAAAGGGAAGUUGUGCCUUUUAUAGCUAUUACUGUCUGGUUUUAACAAUUUCCUUUAUAUUCAGUGAACUAUGCUUGCUCGUUUUUCUUAAAUAAUUUUUGUAUUCCAGUUAUUGUACAGCUGUUGUAGAUGGGCAGCUGCUUCACAGCUCUCCUAGAUGCUAACAUUAAUUUUCGUGUGAAAAUGGGUCGGUGCUUCUACCCUGAUGGCACUAAGCUAUCACAAGACCACAGAAAUUGACUCGGAUCUCCAGUAUUCUUGUCAAAAGCUCUUACUCUGUAUAUAUCUGCUUCCAUGGAGAAUUAUAUAGGUUGUGCAGAUUAACCGUCCUAACUGGUGUAGAGCACCUAGUCCAGUGAGCUGCUGGGUAAACUGUGGAUGAUGAUUACAAAAGACUAAGUGUAAACAGUAACUACCAAAAGGCCCCGUUUGCAGCUAAUGCACCGUCUCUUCAGUGGUGAGACAGCAACAAAGUUUCUAAAUCAGCUCUUUCAGGACCUUCUGGAGUGGUUUGUAUAACAUUUUAAAAUGUAAUAUUCCAGAUAGCCAGCUGUAAUAAAACCGAGAGAUUGUUUUAAUCAGACCAAGUAACUUCUCUCGUUAAACUUUACCCCCAACUAAAUCUCUAAUAUGGCAAGAAUGACUAGACACCCAUUUUCACAUCCCACCUGUCACCAAUUGGUCUAGCUUUCCUGAUGGUACAGGAAAAUCAGCUACUGAUUUUUGUUAUUUAGAACUAAAUGUCAGGCAUCCAUGUUUGUCCAACUACACAUCCCUACAUGUGCCAUAGGAUUUAACACAAGUCUUGUGAACUUCUUCACACUGAGAAUUAUCAUUUUAAACAAAACAGAAGCUGUAGUAGCCCUUUCUGUGUGCACCUUACCAACUUUCUGUGACUCAAAGCUUAACACACUUACUAAGCCACAAAAAAUCUGAUUUCUACUUAAGGUGGCCAAAUUAUUUGUGUAAUAGAAAACUGAAAAUCUAAUAUUAAAAAUAUGAAACUUCUAAUAUAUUUUUAUAUUUAGUUAUAGUUUCAGAUAUAUAUCAUAUUGGUAUUCACUAAUCUGGGAAGGGAAGGGCUACUGCAGCUUUACAUGCAAUUUAUUAAAAUGAUUGUAAAAUAGCUGUAUAGUGUAAAAUAAGAAUGAUUUUUAGAUGAGAUUGUUUUAUCAUGACAUGUUAUAUAUUUUUUGUAGGGGUCAAAGAAAUGUUGAUGGGUAUCCUAUAUGAUUUAUAGUGUGUAAGAGCAUCCAGACAGGCCUCAAUGUCUUGGAAAUUAAAACAGGUUUGCUCUAAGCUAGGGAGGGAGCUGGAGACUGGCCCUGUGUGCAGUGGCGGUUCUGAGGCUUUGACCCAAUCAGAUCACAGGGGAACUAAUUCCCCACCUCCCAUUCUAACCGUCCUCAUCCAAACAUGACCCUGUCAGUGCAAGUUUGGUUUAUUAAAUUCCCCCUUGCGCUAACAUACAUAAACAGGACAGAAAGGUGGCGCUUAUGUAGUUAUAGGCACCAUCCAGUAACAGGGUUCUUUUCACAUGCAGUCUCCCCACAGGUUAACAGAAACAGAGGCUUUAGAAGUUUGGCAAUAAUGUGCAUAGAGGUACCAGCAAUAUGUAAAUACUAAAGAAUCGCAUAGGAAGCCAAUAAUACACUAAUUCUCUCCAUCCUACAAUAGUCCAUUUCCAAGUAAGAUGAGGACAUGUUUAUGUUUUUUUUGGAAUAGUUUUUGAAUGUUGUUAUUUUCAGUAUUUUGCAGAAAUUAUUUAAUAAAAAAGUGUAAUCAUUUGCUUUUUGAAUUCUCUAUAAAAGGGAAUGUUCAGUUUGUAAUGGUUUAAUUUGGUCUCAAAGUACUUUAAGAUAGUUGUAACCCAGCUGGAUGUGAAAUUUAUGGUGCCUAAGAAAUACCACUUGAAUAUUAUCAAUGACAGUGUUAAAUUUCAAAAUGAGCUUCUCAAAAAUAGAUUAUUGUACAUUUAUGGAAUGUUAUAUGGUUAAACCCAAAAAGCACAUCACACAUAAAUCUGCUUUCAGUCCCAACCAGCUUGGCUUUCAAAAAUAGAGCUCCAAAAAAGAAAAAAAGGAAAAGAAAAAGAUAUAUACGCUUUGUUAUUAACAGAAGGCAAUAGACAUUCAUAAAACUACUAUUGUAAGCUUUCCACUAAAUGUAUAAAGAGCUAUGCUCCUUUGGUAUGUGGGAAAGAAGAAAGCUGUCAUAAUUCUGAUUGAGUAUAAGGGAGAAAGAUACGGUACUGUUUGAGAGCAGCUUCCUUUUCUGUGUGCGGCUUCAUACCGUUCCAAACUAUUUAGAUCUUACAAUAACUUCAGUGAGAGUUGGUGACAUGCCUGUAUGACUCACAACAGAUCUUGAAAACUAUCUUUAAUUACUGGUAGGACAAAAAGGGACAUUCUGGUUAUUUUAGGCAUUGGCUUGGGAUACUGUAUAUGCAGAAAAAAAAGAAGACAGGAAACUUGGGGAAGGGAAAGGACCUAGGAAGCACUGCCUUCUUUAAGGAAAAACAAACCAAUAAGUGAGACCACCCCAAAGGCACAAGGGCCACAUAGUGUGGAGUCCUUAAUGAUGAGUCAGGGUAAGCUCUGGUGAGCAUGGAGAAGCCAGCCCCACCAGCACUUCAGAGCAGGGCAGGACAGAGAUGGGACAAGAUGGGACAAGAAUUCCAGCUGAACACUGGUCCCAGUAUUUUGCUCCCUCUUAUGUACCGUGAGGCAUCACCGUGGGAUGAACCAUGGUAGUAUGCUUUGAUCUGUCAGCGUUCAAGGAUCAUGGUAGUCUUCAGGAGCUUUAGAUUUCGGUUGGACACCCCAACGAUAAGCUGUAGUUGAAUGUGUUUCUUAUGUGCCUGGUUUCAGUGUUAGAAGGUGAAAUGGAGUGUGCAAAAGACACUGCAAACCACUUCAGAUGGAAGUUCUCUCAUUUUCCAGACUGUUUUCAGUCAGCCCUGUCUAUCAGGAUUGGUAGCCAGGUUUUCAGGAAAGAGUUGGCUUCUAUCUAGAACAUGCCUGAAAGGAUUUUAUUUUCUGAUAAAUGGCUGUAUGAAAAUACCCUCCUAAAUAACCUGCUUAACUACAUAGAGAUUUCAGUGUGUCAAUAUUCUAUUUUGUAUAUUAAACAAAUGCUAUAUAAUGGGGACAAAUCUAUAUUAUACUGUGUAUGGCAUUAUUAAGAAGCUUUUUCAUUAUUUUUUAUCACAGUAAUUUUUAAAUGUGUAAAAAUUAAAAACCAGUGACUCCUGUUUAAAAAUAAAAGUUGUAGUUUUUUAUUCAUGCUGAAUAACCUGUAGUUUAAAAAACUGUCUUUUUACCUACACAGUGAAAUGUCAGACUGUAAAAUUUUGUGUGGAAAUGUUUAACUUUUAUUUUUCAUUUAAAUUUGCUGUUCUGGUAUUACCAAACCACACAUUUGUACUGAAUUGGCAGUAAAUGUUAGUCAGCCAUUUACAGCAAUGCCAAAUAUGGAUAAACAUCAUAAUAAAAAUAUCUGCUUUUUCAUUA